CAUCUCUCUCUCUCUCUCUCGCUCUCUCUAUAUAUAUCUUGAGACGUCUCGUCGCUCUUCGUCUUGUUGGCUGCUUGAAUCGUCUGUCCGACCCAGAAAGAGAGCAAGGAUCUGAUGGCCGUAGAUGCCGUAGAAGAGACGCCCUCGCCGUCGCCAUCGUCGUCGCCGCCACCGCCCUACCAGGUGGGGUCCACGACGAAGGGGAAGCGGUCGAAGCGCCCCCGCCCCUCCCCCUCUUCUUCUCCGGAAGUUCCCGAUGAGGACGCUGACCGCCUCUCCCGCCGCCGCCUCAACACCGAGGAGGAGUUCUACGCCCUUUGCCUCGUGAUGCUCUCCCGCGACGUCGGUGGCGGAGCAGCGUUCGAACACGAACAUGUGCCACCGCCGCCGCUGCCCCCGCCGCCUCCGAAAGCACAGUCCUAUGGGUGCUCCGUGUGCGGGAAGGCGUUCCCGUCCUACCAGGCUCUCGGGGGGCACAAGACCAGCCACCGGAAGCCCGCAGCCACGACAGCGGCGGCGAGAGGUGAUGACGCCGCCUCGGUCUCGAACGGUGGCGGAGCUCCUGUCGUGGUCGCAGGAUCACUGGGGAAGCUUCACGAGUGCUCGGUGUGCCACAAGUCGUUCCCGACGGGGCAGGCGCUGGGCGGGCACAUGAGAUGCCACUACGACGGCGUCAUCGGCGGCCGUGCCACUGCUGGAACCGCGAUCACCGCGACGGCGGCGUCAUCUUCAGGGGCGGCGAGCUCGGGGAGGGACCGGGGGUUCGACCUGAACCGGCCACCACAGCCGCAGCUUCGAGAGACGGGUCUCGUCGGCAGGUUGAGUGCAGCAAGGAAAGAGGAGGGGGAGGAGGUGUUGAGCCCUCUGUUGCUGACCCCAAAGAAGGCACGUCCGUUGGCGGCGGCGGUAAAAGCCGACAUGGAACCACCGCUACCGACCUUAAUUAGUUUCAUAUGAUGGAUGUGUUCAAUUUUAUUCUUUUGUUUGUUUAUAUGUAAUAAUUAUCUUUCUGCUCA